CGGCGGCCGGCGGGUCGGGGAGCGGUGCACGCGUCAGCGGCUGCGGGCGACGCCAGUUCCGGACCGGGCUUCAGCGUCCUCGCCCCACGCCUCUCUCUGUUCUCGCCCAGCGGCGGGCUCUCUCCAGACCGUGGCUCUCCUGCCCCGAGCUGUCGGAGGGCGUCCCUUCCUGGCCUCAGCGGCGGCACCGUUCUCUCGGGAAGCACUCCCCCCAGCUCCAUGAAUGGAAAUCGGCUCCGCAGGACCCACUGGGGCCCAGCCCCUACUCAUAGUGCCCAGAAGACCUGGAUAUGGCACUAUGGGCAAACCCAUUAAGCUGCUGGCUAACUGUUUUCAAGUUGAAAUUCCAAAGAUUGAUGUCUACCUCUAUGAGGUAGAUAUUAAACCAGACAAGUGUCCUAGGAGAGUGAACAGAGAAGUAGUUGACUCAAUGGUUCAGCAUUUUAAAGUGACUAUAUUUGGAGACCGUAGACCAGUGUAUGAUGGGAAAAGAAGCCUUUACACAGCCAAUCCACUUCCUGUGGCGACUACUGGGGUAGAUUUAGAUGUUACAUUACCUGGGGAAGGUGGAAAAGAUCGACCUUUCAAGGUGUCAGUCAAAUUUGUAUCUCGGGUGAGUUGGCAUCUACUGCAUGAAGUACUGACUGGACGGACCUUGCCUGAGCCACUGGAAUUAGACAAGCCUAUCAGCACUAACCCGGUCCAUGCCGUUGAUGUGGUGCUACGACAUCUGCCCUCCAUGAAAUAUACGCCUGUGGGGCGUUCCUUUUUCUCAGCUCCAGAAGGAUAUGACCACCCUCUGGGAGGGGGCAGGGAAGUAUGGUUUGGAUUCCAUCAAUCUGUUCGACCUGCCAUGUGGAAAAUGAUGCUAAAUAUUGAUGUUUCUGCCACUGCCUUCUACAAAGCACAGCCUGUAAUUCAGUUCAUGUGUGAAGUUCUUGACAUUCAUAACAUUGAUGAGCAACCCAGGCCUCUGACUGAUUCUCAUCGGGUAAAAUUCACUAAGGAGAUAAAAGGUCUGAAGGUUGAAGUGACUCAUUGUGGAACAAUGAGACGGAAAUACCGUGUUUGUAACGUAACAAGAAGGCCUGCCAGCCAUCAAACCUUUCCUUUGCAGUUAGAAAAUGGCCAAACUGUGGAGAGAACUGUAGCUCAGUACUUCAGAGAAAAGUACGCUCUUCAGCUGAAGUACCCUCACCUUCCCUGUCUGCAAGUGGGGCAGGAACAGAAGCAUACGUACCUGCCUCUGGAAGUCUGUAAUAUUGUGGCUGGGCAACGGUGUAUCAAGAAACUAACCGACAAUCAGACUUCUACUAUGAUUAAGGCAACAGCAAGAUCCGCACCAGAUAGACAAGAGGAAAUUAGCAGAUUGGUAAGAAGUGCAAAUUAUGAAACAGAUCCGUUCGUUCAGGAGUUCCAGUUUAAAGUGCGGGAUGAAAUGGCCCACGUAACAGGACGCGUACUUCCAGCACCCAUGCUCCAGUAUGGAGGACGGAACCGGACAGUGGCAACACCAAGCCACGGCGUGUGGGACAUGCGAGGGAAGCAAUUCCACACAGGAGUUGAGAUCAAAAUGUGGGCCAUAGCUUGUUUUGCCACACAGAGGCAAUGCCGAGAAGAAAUACUGAAAGGUUUCACCGACCAGCUUCGAAAGAUUUCCAAAGAUGCGGGGAUGCCUAUCCAAGGCCAGCCAUGCUUCUGCAAAUAUGCGCAGGGAGCAGACAGUGUGGAGCCCAUGUUCCGACAUCUCAAGAACACAUACUCGGGACUGCAGCUCAUCAUUGUCAUCCUGCCAGGGAAGACACCUGUGUAUGCGGAGGUGAAACGUGUAGGAGAUACACUUUUGGGUAUGGCCACACAGUGUGUGCAAGUCAAGAAUGUAAUAAAAACAUCUCCUCAAACUCUCUCAAACUUGUGCCUAAAGAUCAAUGUUAAACUUGGAGGAAUCAAUAAUAUUCUUGUACCUCAUCAAAGACCUUCUGUGUUCCAGCAACCAGUGAUCUUCCUGGGUGCAGACGUCACUCACCCGCCUGCUGGUGAUGGGAAGAAGCCCUCCAUUGCUGCUGUUGUAGGUAGUAUGGAUGCCCAUCCAAGCAGAUACUGUGCCACAGUACGGGUUCAGAGACCUCGGCAGGAAAUCAUUCAGGACUUGGCCUCCAUGGUCCGGGAGCUGCUCAUCCAAUUUUAUAAGUCAACCCGAUUCAAACCUACUCGCGUUAUCUUUUAUCGGGACGGCGUUUCAGAAGGACAAUUUAGACAGGUGUUGUACUAUGAGCUACUGGCAAUUCGAGAAGCCUGUAUCAGUUUGGAGAAAGACUAUCAACCUGGAAUAACCUACAUUGUAGUUCAGAAGAGGCAUCACACGCGACUGUUCUGUGCUGACAGAGCAGAAAGGGUGGGGAGAAGUGGGAACAUUCCCGCUGGGACCACGGUGGACACCGACAUCACCCACCCGUUCGAGUUUGACUUCUAUCUGUGCAGCCAUGCAGGCAUCCAGGGAACCAGCCGCCCUUCACACUACCAUGUCCUAUGGGAUGACAAUUGCUUCACUGCAGAUGAACUCCAGCUGCUGACUUACCAGCUCUGUCACACCUACGUGAGGUGCACGCGCUCCGUCUCUAUCCCCGCUCCAGCGUACUAUGCUCACCUGGUGGCAUUCAGAGCCAGAUACCAUCUUGUGGACAAGGAACAUGACAGUGCUGAGGGAAGCCACGUUUCAGGACAGAGCAAUGGGCGGGAUCCACAGGCUCUUGCCAAGGCUGUACAGAUUCACCAAGAUACCUUACGCACAAUGUACUUCGCUUAACAAGUCCAAGUGUGUUCUCUGAGAGGAAGAGCUGAAAGACCAGUCAACAUACAGUGUAUGUUUCAGUAGAGCCGGAUCCCUGGGGACACUCCAGCCAGCCACACAGAGGCCAACACUAUGUAGUGUCUGGGCCUUUUGUUGACCACAGGAAUCUGUUCACUUUGUCAAGGAACGUAGUACCAUUAUGCACUAGGAAACCAGCCAGCUGCUCUUUUGCAGUCUCCUGUAGGAAGCAUCGCGGUUGUUUGUUUUCACUUCUUACUGUCUAACCCUUUUAAUGCCUUUACCUCAAGUCGCUUGGCAGCACAACUAUCUUUGCAAAAAAGUAAAGAAAAAGUGAAUGAUGAUUUAAAAACGCAAACCUACACAAAUAAUGAUUGUUCAGUUAUAUGUGCAGAAAGAGUAAUGUGCAUUCAUCUAUUCUUGUAAAGGAGUCUGUAUUUUAAAUACACACGUGUGUACUUCAUGUGCAUAUAUAUCUAGAUCUAGAUUAAUGAUAUAUAUGUAUCUGUGUAUCUGUUUUCUAGUUCAUUCCACUGGGGAACUUUCUUUUCCUUGUACCCUUUUUAGGCCCCUGACAUUUCUGUCACUCCCCACUUGCCUUCAGCAUCUACACUUUUGUCCAUAUCGCUACAAAUGACACUCACCUGUUCUCAUAUAGGGUUCAUUUGAAGUAAAGCAUGGCAAACUAGAUUCUGUUUUCACUUUAGGCCCCUGCUCCUAGCUCCAGUCUCAUACACAGUUCUGAGUCCUGGGCUCCUGGGGCCAUGUUUGUCAGUGUCUGCUCCAUCUUGCUCUGGACUCACCUUUGCCGUGUGUGCACUGUGCAUAGGAACAGUGGCAGCCUGAGUAUUCCUUUCUGUAGUGAGUGUGGUAAAGCUGCUAUAAAUGCAAAACCUUGUCCGAAGACUUUCUGAUCACUGACAAAUGUUCUAAAGCCUCUGUCUGUGUGAGUCAUACCUGGAAAUCCCUUAAGCUUUUAUAAAGGGUAAAUAUUUUACAAAUCCGGAGACUCUGUAGGAUGGAAAGAGAAAAGGAAUUAGGGGGUUUUGUUUUUUGCUAAUUUACUUACUGCCCUCACACCUUAAUGUGAUUUUCAUGUAUGUUUUGUAUGUGUAUGUGUGUAUAUAAACAUAUAUGUAGGUUGCAGUACAGCUCCUUUGGCUUUUAUAUUCAUUAGCAUAGUGCUUUAACAAUUAAUUAUCAACCGCAUUGGCUACAUCUUUUAUAGUAACGUAAUCAUGUUUAAGGACAGAUUAGCCUCUCUCUUUUAGUGCAGUAAGCAGUUUGAAAGUUGUGUUUGUCGUCUUCACCACGGACAGCAGGAAAAAGAGACACCUCUGUUAUUUUAAAGGGGCAAAGUAAUACAGCCAUAAUGUCAGGAGAGCUUCCUAUUUUCAGUUUUAAAGCAUGUCCUUAAAAUCGCAGUCAAGGAAGUAAAACCAACCAAAAGAGCCUCACUAGAGACCAGAAACACAGCUGCACUUCACUUUUUAAAAAUGACAGUGAUAGGCGGGCGGUGGUGGCACA